CCGCUCCUCUCUGUGACCUUAACUGCACCUCUUUCGUUUCCAGUCUCCUUUCUUGGAAAAAAUGUAACAGCCACAUGGUGGACUCUCUGAACUUCAGAGGUGUCUGUAGAUGACUAACCACACAGUAGGUUCUCAAUAAACAGUCUUUAUUUUAGCAAAAUGCCCCCUGCUUACACUCUGAACACAGAGAUCAGCAGGGGCAUGGCUGUCACUCAGAUCUCCUGGAGUGCUUUGGUGCUUCAGUCAAAAGUUCCUUAGGAGGGAAGGUCUAAAAAGAGCUUCAACGAGACCAGUCCUGUCCCCUCUCCUGCCUGGUCGCAAGCGCAGAAGGACCUGCUUCACUGGAACCUUUCUUUUCCCCUCCCAGGCGACGUACCUCCGUCCAAUGGGUGUGUCUGUCCGGCGGGAGGUGAUACUUGAACAGCUGCGGGGCGCGAGCGAGUGCCUCGGAGCAAGGGUGCCAGCGUAGGUGACAGCAUGGCUUCGGACGCACCGCCGGCCACCAGCUAUGCCCCGCCUGCGGUGCCCUCGGGGGUCGCAGCAGUGUUCCUCACCAUCCCCUUUGCCUUUUUCCUGCCAGAGCUGGUGUUUGGGUUCUGGGUCUGGACGCUGGUAGCGGCUACACACGUGGCAGAGCCCUUGCUGCACGGAUGGGUACUGUAUGUCUCGCUCACCUCCUUUCUCAUCUCCCUGAUGUUCCUGAUGUCCUACUUGUUCGGGUUUUACAAACGGUUUGAGUCCUGGAGAGUCCUGGACAGCCUGUACCACGGAACCACAGGCAUCCUGUACAUGAGUGCCGCUGUCCUGCAAGCAUAUGCCACCAUCAUUUCUGAGAAGGAGCAGAAUCACUACUACAUCAACGUUGCAGCCUCCUUCUUCGCCUUCCUCACUACCCUGCUGUAUAUCCUGCACGCCUUCAGCAUCUAUUACCACUGAAACACAGGGAGACCCAAACCCAGUGAGACUCAUCUCUGGAGGCUGCGUGAUUAUCCCCCAAAGAAAGUCUUGCCAUUUGCCAUCUGGGUGACAAAUCUACCAAGCCACCCACGGGGGGUCAACAGACCAUCUUUCUGGGAUGUACGAGGAGACCCAUUUUGGCAUUUUUCUCUUUGGAUGUUUUUACUCCUUGUGGUGACUAUGAGGAAACCAAAGAUGGCUGCCCCUCCCCUCUCCCUCUUCUGAACUGACCCCCAACCCCAGCCCCACUCCCACCUUCCCCAAACACCCAACCCAGCCACCCCCUGCCCUGAAGACCGCUGCCUUUUGGGAGUUUCCUGAACUCAGCUUUUCCAGAAAAUCAACCAUGAACCAACCCUUCACCCACCGUUCAAAAUGCCAGCUCUGCUGUCACACCUCUUUAGGAUCUUUUCGUCAAUGGUGCUCCCUAUUUUCCUCCCUUUGGUUUUUUUGAGACCGGGUUUCUCUGUGUAGCCUUGGCUGUCCUGCAUGCUUUGUAGAUCAGGCU